CUUAAAUCUAAAUGGGUGCACAAAAAUCACUGACAGUGUGUCUGCUGUUUUGCAGCACGUGUUACAGUCUUAGCAGAUUCUGUUCCAAGCUGAAACAUCUGGAUCUGACAUCUUGCGUAGCCAUCACAAACAGCUCUUUGAAAGGCUUAAGUGAGGGUUGCAGAAAUCUGGAACAUUUGAAUCUUUCCUGGUGUGAUCAGAUUACGAAGGAUGGUAUUGAAGCACUGGUGAAAGGGUGUAGUGGACUAAAAGCUCUAUUUCUUAGAGGUUGCACACAGUUAGAAGAUGAAGCAUUGAAACACAUUCAAAAUCACUGUCAUGAACUUGUAAUCCUGAAUUUGCAAUCCUGUACACAAAUUUCAGAUGAAGGCAUUGUAAAAAUCUGCAGAGGAUGUCAUAGACUUCAGUCACUCUGUGUUUCAGGCUGUAGCAACCUUACAGAUGCUUCUCUCACAGCACUUGGUCUAAACUGUCCAAGGCUGAAGAUUUUGGAAGCUGCAAGAUGUUCACAUCUUACAGAUGCUGGUUUUACCCUUUUAGCACGGAAUUGCCACGAGCUGGAGAAGAUGGACUUGGAAGAAUGCGUUCUGAUAACUGACAGCACAUUGAUACAACUUUCUAUACACUGUCCUAAGCUACAAGCAUUGAGCUUAUCUCACUGUGAAUUGAUCACUGAUGAUGGGAUUCUUCAUCUGAGCAACAGUACGUGUGGUCACGAGAGGCUGCAGGUACUGGAGCUUGAUAACUGUCUUCUCAUCACUGACGUGACACUGGAACACCUGGAGAACUGCCACAACUUGGAGAGAAUUGAGCUGUAUGACUGUCAGCAGGUCACGCGAGCCGGAAUCAAACGGAUCAGAGCUCAUCUACCUCACGUGAAAGUUCAUGCUUACUUUGCUCCAGUGACUCCCCCUCCUUCGGUAGGAGGGAGCGGACAGCGCCUCUGCAGAUGCUGUAUUAUUCUUUGA